CGCCUAGAUUAAUUCCCAUUGCUAGGCGAGUUCAUUGGAAGUGCAUUGCAAUUUAUAGCAGUCAUAAUGGCACAUUUUUCCCAGUUCAGAUGGUGACUAACACCAUAAUUGUCUCUGAAAUCUGAUCCGGAUAUGACCUGAAGUACUCAGGGUCAAUUCCAGCCUCGAUCUGAAACGUAAUCCGCCCCACAUUGGUCUCGUGGUCUUAUAACUCGAACGUUUCUGUCACAAUAAUUGUCAUCCGCGUGGCCCGACCAGCCUAGGAUCGAUCUCGUUUUCCCCCGUUUUGCGAAAAGAACUCCAGUGGACACGUUCUUUUAUCUUGACCAUGUUGUAGAGUGAACCAAGACAGGUAAAUCGUUGUGUUCAUUUUGGGUUGUAAGGGCUGCGAGGAAGCAUUGAGAGCCUGUGUCGGAUUGUGUUUUGACACUCGUGACUACAGCUUGCUGUUGUGGUUAACACAGCAGUCUAGAUGCCUUUGCAGGACAGAGAACAUCGUGGAAGAAGAAUGGGAAAGAGAAUGCGCCUUGUGCGAUACCUGGAACUCAUUGUCAAUGAUCGCAAUUAGUCCAUCAAGUAAAGUGCCGCUUUCAAAGGUUUUGAUUUUUUGGUGGGACUUGGAGAGAUUAAGUGGAAACUGCCUCUAAGAAGAUCUGAGGAAGUAUUUUUUCAAGAUGUCAGAUUUAAGUGAUGGGGAGGAAGGAAUCCUCCUAUUUCCAAUCACAGACAUUGAUCAGCCCAUGAAAGAUGCAUCACAUUCAGAACCAGAAGGCUUUGGUACCAGUGGCAGCGAUGCCGAUGAGGACGAGGUUCAUAAACCUGCUAUGACCCUUCGAGAACGCCGCAUUAAGCGUGCCUAUGGAGUUGCUAUACCAGUCAACCGUACUUUGCAACCUCUCAAUGUCUCAAAGUCUCAGUCGCCCAGCAGCCACCGCAUCCAGUGGCUUCGGGCAUUUCACAAAGCUAGGAAGGCCAAGGACCCCUGGGCCGAGUUUCACAUUAAUGAUUAUGAUUGUGAGGUUUGCACACGCUAUCGGUACAAUGCCCUGAAGAAAACAUGGGUAAAGGAUGAUGUCCUGGUCAAGAUGGAAACAAAACCAUUCACCAGAGGAGCAAUGAGGCAGUGUUUCCGGCUGAAAAAGUUGUCAACAUUCUGCACACUUGAUUGGAAGCAUGCUCAGAAUUAUGUGGCCAAGAACUAUUUGGAGAACGUGGAGCGAGAUGUUUACUUUGAGGAUGUGAAACUGCAGAUGGAGGCCAAGCUGUGGGGAGAAGAAUACAACAGACAUAAUCCACCAAAAAAGGUAGACAUAUUUCAGAUGUAUGUGUUGGAGUUUAAGAAUCGCCCUGGCUCACCUCUGUUCCACCUUGAGCAUUUCAUUGAGGGGGAGUACAUUAAGUACAACUCAAACUCUGGCUUUGUGGAAGACAAACUCAGGCUUACACCACAGGCAUUCAGCCACUUCACAUUUGAACGUUCUGGACACAAACUGAUUGUAGUGGAUGUCCAAGGGGUUGGUGACCUGUACACAGAUCCACAGAUUCACACCAUGGAUGGCGAAGGCUAUGGGGAUGGCAAUCUGGGGCCCAAGGGCAUGGCACUCUUUUUCCAUUCCCACAUGUGCAAUUCAAUCUGUAAAAGUUUGCACCUCACACCAUUUGACCUUGCUCCCACAGUCGUGGCCACCCACAAUGACUAUAUUUCAAAGCAGAAAAAGUAUGCUACAACCAGGGUACGCGGCAAAGAGGAAAUGUGUAUCAGUGCAUCAUAUAAAGAGAUGAUCGAUCUCACAGCUCUGCUUGGUCGACAACACUCAUCCAACUCUCAGUCUUCAGUUGAAGGUUUUGACGAUGAUGAUGGCUCUCUCUUGAGUCCUACAAGUGAAGAUGAGCCAAUGUCUUCAGAUGCUCCAAGUCCUGGCAUGUUCACCAGGAGUCGCUACACAAGUGAAAGCGAAAACUCUGCUACAGAGGAUGAGGAACGGAAAAAGUUUCAGGAGGCUCAUGCAUUAUCUCGGCCAUCAUGUGUCAACUUUGAACUGGACAUGAGAAAGCUGUCAAAUCUUCGCAUAGGCGAAUCUGUCCUGGGACAGAUUCACCAUGAGAUGGCCAAGUAUCAUGAGAUUGGGCGCUUUUCUGUGAAAGAGGAUGUGGUGGACUGGGAAGCAGUGCUGUUUCACGAAGAACAUGCAGCACAGCUCGGAGUGCUUGAGGCUAUCACAACAAUGGCUCGCCUCUAUCUUGGCCUACCCAGGGAUGUUCUGAUAAACUGCACUGUUGAGCAAAGUGACGAGAACAUCGACGUGGGUGUGGACUACAUGCUGCAGGCUGCAGAAGCUGGAGACCGUAGUGCUAUAAUCUACAUGGCCAAAGCCUUUGACUCUGGCCAUAAUCUUGGCACUCGCAGAUCUCAGUCUUGGGAAGAUGCUGUUCAUUGGUACCAACGUGCUGUGGAGACAGAUGAGCAUGAUGAGGGGGGCCAUUAUGACUCCACCAUGGAAGACCCCCAGUACCUCUUGUUGUCCCGUCAGGCAGAAAUGUAUCAGCAAGGAGGCUAUGGGCUGGAUAAAGAUCCACAAAUUGCUGGUGACUUAUACACACAAGCUGCAGAAGCAGCUACUGAAGCCAUGAAAGGGCGCUUAGCAAACAAAUUCUUCCAGUUAGCUGAGGAAGCAUGGGCAGAAGUAGAUGAGUGAUCCAAUUAUUUCAGACAACAAGAAAAUGAUUCUGCUCCCAUUGCAACUAACAUUGUGUUUGGCAGAAAGCACAUGAAGAAGACAUAAUUGACCUUCUGGUGUAUUUAAAGAUAAAAGUGAAGAAGACAAUUGAUCUUCUGAUUCAUUUAAAUCUCUUUCCCCCCCCCUUUUUUUUAAAAAUGCAUCCUAGAGCUGUGCUAUUGCAGAAUUGACUAUUAUAAGCUAUAAAGUAAUGAACAAUAUCCUUAAUGACUGAUUAGUGAUAAUGUUAAUGAAAAUUUUUUGGGGGAUAGUAUUAGAGGGCUUGUAAGAAAAUUUCCCAGGGAGAAAGGGGGGAAAGCCAUGUGCAUAGGAAAGUAACAUUUUCUUACUAAAAGCAAAGACUCUUGGCAUAUCUCCCUGUUUUUUACAGUCUAAUUAAUAGGAUUUGGCUUUGUCAAGUAAUUGCAGGGGGUACUUUUGUAUAUUUCAAAAUAUCUUGUAUAAAGUUUGAAAAAAAAAAUCCUAUUUUGCUGAAUUGAAUUUUAAAGACUUGUGUGUUGUAUUUUGUGUUUCACAAGUGAAAUUAUACAGUGUGGCAUUACAUUUUUAAAAAAUUUUUUAAACAUAUAUUUUAAUACCAUCCCCAAAAUGAGGUAGGUGUCAACAUUUUUUACUUUAAUAUUUGCUUAUCACUCACUGUUCCUUGUCCAUUUUUCCAAGUGUCAAACUAUUGACAUUGUACUGAGUUAAUGGUUUAACAAAAUACCUUUGAUCCAAAAGUAAAAUAGCUGUUUUCAUGUUUAUUGAAAUCUUUCUUGAUCACUUGUGACUGUUCACAUCAGCUUCAAAGCAUGGUCUGCUUACUAUAAGGCUACGGAAACAUUUUUGUUAUCACUGAAAAGCCUGUAAAGAACAUUUUUGUUCUGUGUAUAGCUGUCAAAAGUAACCCAUAUGUGGAUCUAAAAUGACUUUAGUAAAUAUUGAAGACUAUGCACAUCAUUUUUACUCCCAUUAACAGUAGAAACUGACAUUUUUUGUUUGUUUUUUUUUUUUAAAUUCAUGAAAUACCAUUCAAUUUUAAAUGCAAAACGUACCAUUUAGACUCUGUUAUAUAUCUAGCAAAUCCCAGCUCUUCCAUUUUAAAUCAGGGCAGAUCCAUAAAAAGGUUGAAGUUGUGUGAAUAGUUACAUUAAUCAUCAUUAUCAUCUUAUGAUCACUUCUCCUGGAGUCUGGUGUGUGUAUGUUUUGAAUAAGUAAACAUGUGGGUGUCUCUCAUUCACCAUUGCAUGAAAAGCAGGUUUGUAAUUAGUAUACUAUAAAACAGACCUGAUGCCUUUAAAUCCACAAUUGAGCACAAAUUAAUUUUACUAGUAUUUUAAAGCUUAGGUAUCUUUAGCAUGUUUUUCCAAAGUAAAAUGUGUUUACUUCAAAUAGUAUCCUCUAUACUUUCAGUGAUUUUGUUAAACAUUAUUUAGGAUAUUGCUUUUUUUUUCUUUUUCUUUUUUGAUUUGACAUUUUUUGUAAUUUUUCCAUGGCUGUGUUCACAUUCAUUUUUAUAUUAGAAGUUAUCUAUUAUAAAGGGGUAGUCAAAAUUAUGUUAACACUUAUGGAUCAUUUUCUCCGUUUAAAUGUUAACAUAAAUAUGACUAAUCCUGUACAAAUUUGGUGUCAAUUUUACCUAAGAAAUAGUUGUCAGAUUACAGAUGGACAGAAACACAAAUGCCAAAUUUGGGUUUUCUUGGAACUAUAUAUAUCCAUGGUGCACACGCAUUAAUGGGACAUAAAUGUAAAUGUUAGAAGGAUAAUGGUCAUUUUUAUUUUUGAUAGCUGUAAAUAACAGCUGAUUGAGAAUCACUUCCUGUCAGCUAAGUCUUGCUGUGGCUAUUGGUUUAUUUUUUAUGAUUAUGUCAUACACUACUGAGAAUUUUAUGCAGUUUUUUUUUUUUUUUUUUGCUUCCGCACUUAAGUUUUGUACGUGCAAUAAAACCUCAUAAACUAUUAAUGGUUUCAUAGAAAAAUAGCAUAAAUAGUGGAAAGAGUAUUGCAAAGAAAGCAGACAGUGUUACUGAAUUACAGUUUUUCAGGGUAGAAUGUGGAAACCGUUGCAGAUACCAGAAGCAUCCUUUACAGCUGCUCAUUACUCACUGGACCCUUCCAGUGUUCAUCCUGUUAGGACUCUGUUUCUUCUUACUGUAUGGGUUAAACCCAUAAAGCAGUAAACUCUGAACAACAUAACAGCAUCCUAUAUAACUCUAACUAUUAAAUAAAUAUGCACAUAAAAAAUAAAUCUCCUUUAGAGAUUUCUUUUACUGACUGAAGAAUUAAUUUUACUGUUACCAUGUCAAAUGCAAAGCAUUUAUAUACUGUUCCUCAGUAGGGGAUCUUUUAUGUCUCAAUUUUCUGUCACUUUCAGCUUUGUUUUACUGUAUGAUGCAUGUUCACCCAUCUUUUGCAGUAAUACAGCAGAGUGAAAACAUGGGUAUUACAUUUGUAUAUUGAGACAUUUAGCCUGAAUGCUAUUGAGUUAUGCAAGCUAAGCUGAAAGUUUCUGUCCCAUGUUUGCUUUGUACCAACAAGGUCAAGGUAGAAUAUAAAAUAAACUAUUUCCAUGAAACCAUUAUGUCCAUGCUUUCAUUUAACAUUUCAUUGGCACCUAAACAGAAGAUGACGGCUUUGCGCUCACAUUUUAAAGGCAGCUUAAUGGUCUAUACAUGAAAAUGUCUAGACAUUUUCACCUGAAAAAUAAUCAGUUGUGUUGCUCUUUUUCUCUAGAAAAAAGUGCAGCUUGGUGUUUAGGGGUUUGGCCAUGGUUACGAAAAUCUGUUUUUGAAUUUCCAUGGAAUAUAGUUAUUGAUAAGAAGUUGUGCCAACUUCUUUAUGUCUUGUCGUUAUUGUCUAUGAAGACAAGUAGAUUACCUUCUUUUUUGUUAGUCAUAUUACUAUUUUAUUGAUUUCUUUGUUUUGUUUUAAACACCAUUUGAAUAUAUGUCAAUAUUUUCUUAAUUGCAUAAUGUGCACAUACUUUUCAAACUGCACAGAUUAAUGUUAAUGGAUUUUUAUUCUUUUUUAUCAGACUUUCUGCAGAUGUGUAAAAUACCUAUUGGAAGUACAGUAGUACUUGGCACAAUAAAAAAAUGAGAAAGCACUCUCACUUAUCUGAAUAUGCCUGCUAGAUUUUUCUGUCACCAGGGAGUGUUUUUUUGUGCAGCCUGCAGCUGUUGUAGCUGUAGAAAACAUGCACAAAAUCCAUUCAUACAUUUCAUUGUUUUCCAGCUUUUUGCUUGCUGGUGUUUGUCAUUGGUAUUUUGGGUAGGGUGUUGAGAAGUUUUCUUUUAUUCUCUUUUUAUUGGGGAUUGGAGAGAGUUUUGUGAUCAAUCAUAUCACUGGUUGGGCUUAUGUGUCGUCAUCAUCCACAUAGUCAUAAUCGGCUCUACAUUCCAGUCCUUGUGAAGGCUUCUGUGCUUUUUUUUUUUUUUUUUUUCCAGUUGCACUGUUUCUGGACAAAAUGUGCACAGACUAGAGGCUGUUGGUAGUGCUGUUGGCAACAGAUAGUAGCCCCAUCUCACUGUUUGCAGACAAAAGUAUGUCCGUGCUCCAUUUACCCAUGUAUUGGUACCUUUACGAAACAGUCUGGUGCGUCUCUAGAUAACGUGCCAGUGUCAUGAUGUGCACUGAUGUAUUUUUGCAACGGAAGUCUGGCACAGGAAGUAGAGUUCCUUCUAGCAACAUAGAAAAUACAAAGGUGCUGUAGUGGAUAUAUACAUAUGUAAAAUAGUAAUAUAUUUUAUGCCUUAAUCUUUGCGGUUUGAAUUUUGUAUGCAGUAUUUAGAUGCCAUGCUUUCCAAGCAGAAGGGGGGGGGGGGAACUGUUGUUUGGGAAAAGCCAUCUUUGUAAAUGUCAGAGCUGGAAAGUUCUAUUUUGUGAUGUUAAAUGGAAUGUCUUUACCCUUCAAAAAGGUCACUCUGAAAUUGAAAUAUAUAGUUUCCAAAAAAUUACAUUAACAAAAAAAAUUUUAAUUUUUUUCCCUGAAGGCUUUGGUAACUUUUUAAAAAUGUAUGCCAGAAUUUGAUGAACAGAAUGUCAUAAUCUGAACAUCCAUUUUGAUUGAAUUUAUCCCCUGGGAUUAGCAGUGAUUGGUUUAACUAACAUUUAAUUUCUGCAAUAUACACUGCCUUGGUUUUUAGUGUGCGAUAGUGUUAAACAUUAAUACCCUUGAGUAUAAUUUUUACCCAAGCAUUGUAUUAAUUAAGCAAUAAUUAAAAGCUUUCCUUGAUAUUUAUUGUCUUGUAGUCUGCCAGCACCAGAAAAAAUCAUCAUCAAAUGAUAAAAUACUGCUUUUUUUUUUGGCCAACGUUUUUUUCUGUUCUAGGAAUCUUCUGUUGUGAUUGGGGGCUGGUUAGUCAUGCAAAUUGAAUAUACAUGAACUGUUACAAACUGGACUCAAUGUAAUGAGUCCCAACAAAAAAAGGGAACGGUUGAAAACAACAUAUUGCGUGAAACAGGGUGUUGUGUUGGAGAUGUUGCUGUGGUUUCAGGUUACUGAGCCAGUUUUUUUACCAUGCUACUUGCACUCCAGCUGCUGACUGGUGUGAAGUUUCCUAAGUGAAGACUUGAGAUGAUUUAGUCAUGAUCUAUUUCUUUGUUAGUGUGUAUCAUUGCUUAUCACUUACUUAGCUGAUCAUUUCAUUUGUGGCAAAGAAAGGUGAUAGUAUUUAAAUCCAACAUUUAAAUCACAGGUUUACAUUUCUAGAAAUAUAUAUUAGUGCUAUAGUGAAGGCAUACACAAGAAUUGCAUUGCCAUCCUUGCUGAUAAGUCAAUUCUUUCUUCAAAAAAUUGACGAGGAUUUUCUUUGUUCAAAAGUAACUUGUACUGAUUUUGGAUUGUUUAUAUUUUAGCAUGAAUUACUGAUAAAGCCAUCAGAGUUGGUUUGCUUUGGAGAUCAAAAUUGGACUGAUUUGGUUUGGGUUUUUUUUUUUUCAUAAGCAUGACAUACUUUCUUACUUUGGUAUUUUCACAGUUUUUGGAUUGUUGGGAAUGCAUUUUGUCUCCCUGGUUGUAAAUUAAAAAUAAAACUUGAAUAAAUAAAAAAAAAAUG